GCCAUUUCAAUACUUUGUUUCGAUCUAGUUAAGUUUAUUUUCAGUUUCAUUAAUUCCAGCAAUCCUAGUUUAGUCCAUCAUGCCUCUGUCAAUCCUUGUCGCAAGUAAACCACUGAAAUUCACUGACAGGCUCAAAAGGUUUGCCAUCCCAACAAAAGCAUUACCCUUGUUCCCGCAAUUGAAUGGUCGUCAUUUCGUGGCUGUGGACAUUUGGCAUGGCUCAAAACGUUGGCCUAUGGUCAUAUCCAUUCGCACGCGCGGCCACAAAAAACCUGUAAUCUCUAAAGGUUGGAUGCCCUUUGUCCGCGAAAAUCAGUUGAAGGUUGGUGAUGUAGUCACAAUCUUCAAGGAAGAAGAUGAAGCCGGAAUCUGGCAUCGGAUUGAGAUCGAGAGAGGGAGCAACCCACCAAGGCCAACUCCAGUCGCUGUGCCAACCGCCCACAACAGUAAUUUCAAUGUGGAGGUCCCUGCGAACAUCCCUGCCAUCAAACAAGAGACGCAACUGGCCCUUGGAAAUGUUCUGCCAAUUGCUCGGAAGGCUGAAGAGCUCAGUUUGAAGCCAGAUAACAAGAAUUUGGGGUUGACACUGCACAAGGGACCGCAGCCGCCCAUGUUUCCCUUUCCAGCAGAAGUGGAACACAAGAGCACUGGUGUCGUGCAGCAGCAAAUUGCCCAUGAAACCCACCAUUAUGAUCCUAAAACAGCCAAUUUGAACCCAAUUCUUAAUCAAACCAGUGCAGAUGAAUUUCGUCUGAACUUAGAACUGACUCUGGCACCACCUGUGGUGGCCUGUGAAGGAAAUCAGGCGCCUACAAUUCCAGGGAUUGUCGAUCUCUUCCCCUCGACGCUGAAAACCCAUCCUUUUGGUCCGCCCCGAAGCGGAUCGGCAGAUAGUGCUUUCUAUGGUGGUGUCCUUGCUCUACCUCUCGUCCUAUAAGUCAAGAUUUCAGCAAAUAUUUAUGUUAUUGUUUCUUACUUUAUAUAUACUUUGCAGUUGCACAAAUGGACACCCAAUCCCAAUCCCAAUUUCCAUAGAUCCAGUAUUUUUAUGAGACUGUUUGUUAUUAUCAACACCCUUUCCCUCAAAACCAUGAGUAGUUAUAACUCGCUAAUUACCUCCAUGUCUUUUCUUUUUCUUCUUCUUCUUUAAUAAGAAAUUUCGACUGUA